UGCUCCCUCCCUCCUCCCGCCUCCCUCCCCUGGGCCCUGCUCCCUGCCCUCCUGGGCAGCCAGGGCAGCAAGGACGGCACCAAGGGAGCUGCCCCAUGGACAGGGCCCCACAGAGACACCACCGAACCUCACGGGAGCUGCUGGCUGCAAAGAAGACCCACACCUCACAAAUUGAAGUGAUCCCUUGCAAAAUCUGUGGGGACAAGUCGUCUGGGAUCCACUACGGGGUUAUCACCUGUGAGGGCUGCAAGGGUUUCUUCCGCCGGAGCCAGCAUUGUAACGUGGCCUACUCCUGCACCCGUCAGCAGAACUGCCCCAUCGAUCGCACUAGCCGAAACCGAUGCCAGCACUGCCGCCUGCAGAAAUGCCUGGCACUGGGCAUGUCCCGAGAUGCUGUCAAGUUUGGCCGCAUGUCCAAGAAGCAGAGGGACAGCCUGCAUGCAGAAGUGCAGAAACAACUGCAGCAGCAGCAACAGCAGCAGCAGGAACAAGUGGCCAAGACCCCUCCAGCAGGGGGCCAAGGAGCAGACACUCUCACCUACACCUUGGGGCUUCCAGAUGGGCAGCUGCCCCUGGGCUCCUCGCCUGACCUACCCGAGGCCUCUGCCUGUCCCCCUGGCCUCCUGAGAGCCUCAGGAUCUGGGCCCUCAUAUUCCAACAACGUGGGCAAGGCAGUGCUCAAUGGGGCCUCAUACCACCUUGAAUACAGCCCUGAGCGGGGCAAGGCUGAGGGUAGAGAGAGCACCUACAGCACAGGCCGCCAGCUGACCCCUGACAGAUGUGGACUUCAUUUUGAGGAGCCCAGGCAUCCUGGGCUGGGGGAACCAGGACAGGGCCCGGAAAGCUACUGCAGCUCCAGUUUGCGCAGCACCCCAGAGGCACCUUAUGCCUCCCUGACAGAGAUAGAGCACCUGGUGCGAAACGUCUGUAAGUCCUACCGAGAGACAUGUCAGCUGCGGCUGGAGGACCUGCUACGGCAGCGCUCCAACAUCUUCUCCCGGGAGGAGGUAACCGGCUACCAGAGGAAGUCCAUGUGGGAGAUGUGGGAACGCUGUGCCCACCGCCUCACCGAGGCCAUCCAGUACGUGGUGGAGUUUGCUAAGAGGCUCUCAGGCUUUAUGGAGCUCUGCCAGAAUGACCAGAUCGUGCUACUCAAAACAGGAGCAAUGGAAGUGGUGCUGGUCAGGAUGUGCCGGGCCUACAACGCUGACAACCACACAGUCUUUUUUGAAGGCAAAUACGGUGGCAUGGAGCUGUUCCGAGCCUUGGGCUGCAGCGAGCUCAUCAGCUCCAUCUUCGACUUCUCCCACUCCCUCAGUGCCUUGCGCUUUUCUGAGGACGAGAUUGCCCUCUACACAGCCCUUGUUCUCAUCAAUGCCAACCGGCCAGGGCUCCAAGAGAAGAGGAAAGUAGAACAGCUGCAGUACAGUCUGGAGCUGGCCUUUCAUCAUCAUCUCUGCAAGACUCAUCGGCAAGGCAUCCUGGCAAAGCUGCCACCCAAGGGGAAGCUUCGGAGCCUGUGUAGCCAGCAUGUGGAAAAGUUGCAAAUCUUCCAGCACCUCCACCCCAUCGUGGUCCAAGCUGCUUUCCCCCCACUCUACAGGGAACUCUUCAGCACUGAAAUCGAGUCACCUGAGGGGCUGUCCAAGUGACCCAGAGGAGGGGCUCCUUUCCUCUCCCCACAGCCUGCUGGCCCACCGCCCGGACCCCGUUCCACCCCCAGCGUCUUCCUUUCCCGUGUCCUCUGGAGGGUGGUACCUGCCUGCUCUUUGGGAGUGAGAAAGUGCUGAGACUAGUUUACUGCCCACAGGCUUUCCUGCCAGUGGGACAGUAGCCAGAGGGUGGGGAUGGAGGAACACCAUCUCCAACCUCAGCUUUGUUCUGUCUCAUUUCCCUUACCCUUUCACCCCAGCUUCUGGGAGGCAUGGGGUGAGUGGGAUAUAUAAGGACCUCUAGGGAGGACCAAGGUGUCCUCAAGAAAGUUGGGGAAUCCAGGGUACCCUGGAUGAACAGAACUCAACUCUGGGCUCAAAAGCCACAAACAGGCCUUUGAAAUACCUCAUUGCAUUUCCCCAUGGGCUUCGGCUGGAGGAGAUGGAUCAAGCUCAGAGGCUGGUGGCAAGAGCCCAGAAGGACCUGUAUAUGAUAUGAAUCUGGACCUCUAGAUUUCCUGCCUUCCCUCUUCCUCCUAGCUCAGCAGGGAAGUGACUGGGCACCCUGCCCUUUUCCUGGGGUCUUGAAAAAAAUAGAUAUGUGGAGGGUAAGGAUGGGAUGGGGGUGAGAGGCUGGGGAUAAUUGCUUUAUGGGAUUUGGGUAUGGGGAUAGAGUACGAUGAAGGCAAGAGCAUCACAGACAGAUAUAGAGUUAGAACUCAAACCUCUUAUGUGCACUUUAAAAAUAGGCUUUAUUGGUUAGCACAGAUCUGAUCAGAGACACACAUCCACAUACAGGUGAAACACAUUCAGACUCAACCUGCAAUCAUGCAGCUCUAUAGACACAUUUAAUCUGUCACAAUCUCUCUCACCCUUGAGGUCACAGCUCAGAGAAGCCUAGUGGCCUCAGGGAAGAGUCCCAAUCCUGAGGGACCCCAGAACAUUUCCAUGGUGCUCUAGUCCACCAAUCUGAGACCCGGGGUGGUCUAAACUCCAUCCCAGCUCCAGCUGUCUUCUACCAUGAGAAGCCCCAACAGAAGCAGAGAUGGCUGGACACUGGUCAGUCAAAAGGCCAAGGACAGACCCUGGAAGGACUUUCCUAACCCUGCCCCUCAGCCCUACUCUUGUUAUGGAGAAAGGAAGCAGAUGCAAUCCCACCACUCUGUGACUGGGGACCGCUGACUCCAGCAUAGAGGAGGAGACCAGGGGACAGAGGACAGACCUGUUUCUGGAGCUGUGAUCUUGCCCUAGAACUUCUCUUGGCUUUAUAAAUAGCUGUGAACCCUCCUCUGAGGGAAAAGCAGCAAAUGAUGGGAGGGGGAUUUUUUUUUUUUUUUCCUCUCAGGGAAGGGGUUUGGCUGGGUAAACAUAAACCCCAACUUGUGCCAUUCUUUACAAAAUGAUUUUAAAGGUAAACAGUAUGUGUGUUGGGGGGUAGGGGAGCCUUAAAUAAGAUUACCCAUA